AUGACAGCUGCAUCUGCUCUAGAACCACCUCCAUCAAUACCAAAAAAGCAGCGAUUAAUGGACGUCUGCUCGUACGAGUCUGGGAAGAAACCCAGGCAGACGCCUACAGAGAGGAUUCGCAUACUGGAAUCACGGCUGCGUAGUGUUCGCACGGCAUUGGAGAACCUCAAAGCCGAGAAUGCGACCACUUCGUCAUCUGCAGUCGACAAGAUCCUCAAGACUGUGGAUCUGUCCUUACCCGCGCCCAACGACGGCUUUUCAAGCUCAGACGAGGACGAGGCCAAGUCUUCUCGAUUGAACAGCAUGAUGGGCAACUCUGGUCGAAGCUUUGCCCACGGUCCCUGGCAGACCAGUUUCUACGGAUCUUACUCUGGAUGCUCAUUUGUCUUGCGUACUCUCGAACUCUUUCGGACGACGCCAGAGAAUGUUGCCUUGAUGGUCGACAUCAGGAAGGUGAUCACUGAUUUAUUCGAAGCGCCAUUCGAGGGGAUGGAGUCACUGGCGGUUGAUGCGAGAAGUCAGCCUCUGCCCAACCAAGCUACUACACUGGACCUGCUUCGAGUGGUGUUCACAAGAUGCCAUCCCUUAGUGUCGUUCCUGCACGAGGCAAAUUUUCGGGAUAUGGUCUACCGGCUUUACAAUGAGGCGGCGGUCGCCUUUAGUACGUCAAGCCAGGCUUUCAUGCCAUUAUUCCACGCUGUUGUCGGCUUGGGCCUUUUAUUUGACAUCGAACCCCGCAAACAAUAUGGAUGCGAGUAUGCUGUUGCAGAAGCGACUAAGCAUUUUCUUCUAGCAAAGGAAAGACUCGAUAUCACUCAGUGUUCUGACCUGAUAUCCCUACAGACGCUGAUGUGUCUGACCAUCUUUCUGAUCUCCACGUCGCGCAUAACAGCGGCUCACGCCUAUCUUGGUGUAGCCUGCUCCACGGCUCUGCGACUGGGUCUGCACAAAAGAGUCGAGGAAGGGAUCAUAUUGUCGCCCGCUCAGCGAGACACGCGAAACAGGUUGUUCGUCAGUCUCCUGCAGCUAGAUUUGUAUGUGAGCCUGGUAUUGGACAUACCAGGCUUCGUGGAUCUAGAAUGCAUCGACCCUGAAAUCAUGACCAAGCUGCAGCCCAGCACGAGUGGGCGAUCACCUUACCCCUUCGACGUUACGGCGGAAAGUCGCGCCCAAUUCUCUGCCUCGGCGAAACACCUUGAGCUCUUGAGCAUCACGGCCACCGGUCUUCAGACAACGUUUGCUGGGGCGGAUCGAAAACACAAUCAGGCGGAGAACGAGCUCGAGUUCACCGACGUCGACAUCAAAACGCUGCACGGUGUCGAGGAGAAGUUUCGAAAAUGGGCAAAGGGGCUUUCGAGUCUGCCCUCCCUCCCAGAAGAUCCUGAGGCGUCUGCAACCAUGAAAUUCGCACUGGAAAUGACCUUUUAUUUCGGCCAACUGGUCCUAUACCAGCCAUUCCUGCACUACCUCAUCCCCAUGGCUAAGGGCUCAGCCAUCACCAAGACCCAGUCCGAGCAUGCGCUGGCUUGCAUCAAGGUGGCGGGCACAACCAUCUCCCGUACGGACGUCAUGUAUCAACGGGGCCUACUGUGUCCCGCGUCCUGGAGCACGAUUUACACGCUCUACCUCGCUGUCUCAUCGCUGUUGUUUCUCAUAGCUACGCAUCCUGGCACUUCACGACCGAGCAACGCGUGGAAGAAGUCGGAGCGCGGCAUCAGGCUGUUGGCUACAAUGCGCUGCUACGACAAUGGUGCCGUCAAGUGCCUUCUGAUCAUCAAGAUGCUCAUUCAACAGCUAUCGCACACGGUUCUGUUUGACGUCGAUCACAUUGUGGCAACCACCCCCGGGUUAUGCCCAUGCAGUGCUUCGGGUUCUCUGCCUGCAGACCCUCUACGACGCCCUAUGUCGAAAGACGACGCGGUAGCACUGGGUCUAUCAACAGGUUAUCCCACCCCUGAAACGAAUCUGGAUGUACGACAUCCCCCACCAGUCUGGGCUGCAGUUGCACCUGGACAAGAACAUCUCCAACCGUGGUACGCCGCCAGCCACGACUCCCCAUACCGAGACGCAGAUUCGAUCUUGGCUGAAGCGCAGGCCAUCUCGCUGACAGUCCCGAUCGACACCCUUGAUAUUUUUGGCGGAAUAUGA